AUGGAUGCGGCGCGUGGCGCUCGAGUGCGCCUAGCGCCGCCAGGCGGAUCGCAGCGCGGCGAAGGCGGCGGCGCGAAGCCAAGCCGCGAAAGCGCGCGCGAGCGGGAGUCGCGCGAGCGGGAGGCGCGGCGGCAGCAGCUGCAGCGGUCGCUGGACGAGGCGCAGAAGCCGCUCGCCGCCGCCCUCGCCGUCGCCUGGAAAGACCCUGCCUUGCACAAUCAGCUGCUACGUGGCGUGCAGCGAUUGCUCGACUUCGUGGCGGCCAAUGAGAUGCCUCUCUGGAGUGACGUGGCGUGCAGGCGGGCAGUGAGGGUGAGAGGGGCGGCAGUGAGGGUGAGAGGGGCGGCAGUGAGGGUGAGAGGGGCGGCAGUGAGGGUGAGAGGGGCGGCAGUGAGGGUGAGAGGGGCGGCAGUGAGGGCACACUAUGAGGCAUCGUGUGCGGCGCUGCUGCACCUGCUGGCAUUCAGCGCGCCACCAGCGCUGGCGUCGCUGCGGCAGGCAGCGGUGCGCGUGUGUGCGCGCAUGGCCACUGUGGGGGGGCGGUGGUGGCGGGAGAGUGUGACGGGCGCCAUGCUGCUAGCCCUCUCCGCCUAUGUUGAUGCCCCCGGUGAGGCCAGUGUCGGGAGGUUGGGCCGGCUGGGACAGGGUGUGGGAGGUGUGGGAGGGGUGGGGGGUGUGGGAGGGGUGGGGGGUGUGGGAGGGGUGGGGGGUGUGGGAGGGGUGAGGGGUGUGGGAGGUGCGGGGGAUGUGGGGGUGUGGGAGGUGUGGGGGAAUGUGGGGGUGUGGGAGGUGCGGGGGAUGUGGGUCCCCCUGCUUCCCCACCGCCUGCUCACAUCCUUCAACUCAACUCAACAUGCCCUGCGCCCUCUCCUCCCCUCCUUGUCUGCGCCGCCCUACCCUGGGUGCCCCGUGUGUGUGCUGCGUGUGCCCUUUGCGCCUGCACCCCACCUGCUCUCUCUGUCUGCACCAGGCGACCACGUGGUGCUGGACGCCUGCACUGCCCUCGCUGCCUCCCUCCUCGCCCUGCCUCCACACCCCCUCUCCCGCCCACUCCGCCACGCCCCCAUUCCCGCCCUCCCCCCUUCCCUCCUCGCGCCCCCUCCCACUGUGCUCCCUUCUCCCCCCUCGUCCACCUCGCCCCUCGUCCCGCCGCUCGCCACCCUCACCGCCCCCUUGCUCGCCGCGCUGUGGCGCCUCCACCUGUCACGCUCCGCACCUGCUCUCCGCAGUCAUGGCACGCAGGCCAGCACGGGUAGCACGGGUGGCAUGGGCAGCAAAGGCAGCAAGGGCAGGGAUGGUGGAGGGAAGAGUAGGGGAGGCGUUGUGGCGCGGGCUGCUGAGUGGCUGUGGGGGGCAACAGGUGCGGGGGAUGCGAGGGUUGUGGGAGGGGAAGCGGUGAUGGGUGCGGGGGAAAGGGAAGGUGGCAUGGGCGGGGGAGAGAUGCAUGCUCACACCAGUGCUGCUUCUUGUGGUAAGGAGGCGUGUGGGGGACUGGCAGGAGCGGAUGGAGGGUCAAGGGCGCAGAGCAGCGCGUGCAGUAGCGCACACACAGAUAUCACCAGCCAAGGCAGCAGCAACAGUAGCAGUAAUGGCGACGAGCCUAUCGCCCCGUGGCAGGGCAGGCAGGCAGCAGCGGUGGCAGCAGUGCUGCACGUGCUUCUGCUGCUGGUGCAGCGCUGCCCGGCAGGUGGCAGGGAG